GCGGAGCGGAGAGGGGCCGGGUGAGCAGCUCCGGCCCAUGGCGUCGGCGGCGGCGACUCAACCGAACGCCGGGCUGUGGCCGAAGACGCCCGCCGCUCACGUCAGCCUCAAGCUCAGCGCCGCCCGCGCCUCUAGCCCGCCCCGUCCCCUAGCUGAAGCGGACACUUCCCGGAGCAGCCCCGAGCGGUCUGAACAUGGAGGAGCCCGGGGUUGACUUCAACCUGAAGAUGGUGCUGGUCAGUUUCAAGCAGUGUCUCAAUGAGAAGGAGGAAGUGCUGCUGGACCACUACCUCGACAGCUGGAAGGGGCUGGUCAGGUUUCUGAAUAGCCUGGGUGCCGUCUUCUCCUUCAUCUCCAAGGACGUAGUCUCCAAGCUGCACAUCAUGGAGCGGCUGCGGUCUGGCCCCCAGGGAGAGCAGUACGCCAGCCUACAGUCCAUGAUGGCUUACGAGACGGGGAACCAGCUGGUGGACGUGGACAGGCGCUCCCGCCACCCUGAUUCGGGCUGCCGCACGGUGCUGCGGCUACACCGUGCCCUGCGCUGGCUGCAGCUCUUCCUGGAAGGCCUGCGCACCAGCGCUGAGGAUGCCCGCCCCUCAGUGCUCUGCACCGACUCCUACAAUGCCUCUCUGGCCGCCUACCACCCUUGGAUUGUGCGUCGGGCUGUCACUGUGGCCUUCUGCACGCUGCCCACGCGCAAAGCCUUCUUGGAGGCCAUGAAUGUGGGAACCCCUGAACAGGCUGUGGAGAUGCUGGGCGAAGCCCUGCCCUACAUCGAGCAGGUGUACGAGGUCUCCCAGAAGCUCUACGCCCAGCACUCCCUGCUGAACCUGCCUUAAGCCCAGGGGCUCCCAGUUCCCACACCCAUGGGGAGCUGGACCCACAAGCCUUCAACGGAGUUUUCUGGGUCCCUAAGAGGGUGUCUGCCACAGCCUCCAUGAGCCAAGCUUCCAGGAACAGAGGAGAUGGGCAGCUGGUUGCCCACGCUGUGUGUCAGCGAGGCCUGUGAGCUGCCCAAGGAUGGUGCCUGCUGGCUGUCGAACAGCUGGAGGCCCCAGGCCUGGCCUACCUAUGUGUGUCCUUUCUGGGCUGCCCCUCCAGUCUUGACAGCUGACCUGGCUUGGCCUAGCCAGGGUGGAGCACCUGGCUAUGUGGGCAGGGCCAGCAGUGCUCUGGGUGGAACACCUGGCUAUGUGGGUGGGGCCAGCAGUGCUGUGGGUGGAGCAUCUGGCUUCACACCCUCUCACCUUGUCAGCCAACCUCAUACUCAGAAUUCGAGUGGCCCCUGUGGA